AUGCGUUGGGUUCUCUGGUCCGCUAUUGCUGUUGCUGCUGGUCGUGUAGUAAAUGCGCUUACGGCAUCCACUAUUGGGGAUUGCCCUUCCUUGGCGCCACGUAAUUCAACUCCUUCCAAUGUCCGUGAUCUACGUCCUGAUGACAUUAAGGUGGUUGGUGCUCUUGGAGAUAGCAUCAUGGCUGGUUUUGCUCUUAUGGGGAUCGAUGAGGGUGGAUCAGGCAUCCUCAACCUUAGUGCUAUCACCGAAUACCGUGGCCACAGCUGGGCCAUUGGUGGCGACAAUGGUGCCGUAACAAUGGCGAAUUUCGUCAAACGCUAUAGCUCAAGCCUCCAAGGUCCUUCUCUUGGACACCAUCUUGCUGAAAUUUGUAAUGGUCUCUUUUGUUUAGAUUUCCUUCGGUAUCCAAGCAAAGACGUGUUGAAUGCAGCAUUGAGUGGUGCUAUUGCAAUGAACCUUGACAAUGAGCUCGAUUACUUGAUAAGACGCAUGAAGGCUAUGAAGAACAUCGAUUUUAGCAAUGAUUGGAAGAUGAUUACCAUUCAAAUUGGAAGCAACGAUCAAUGUGCAUCUUGUCUUAGCCCAUGGAAAUCCGAAGUAACGGCUGACAAGUUUGGAUCUUACGUUGAAAAAGCUGUGCAGCGCAUUCAAAAGUCAAUCCCACGCACCAUUGUAAACCUUGUUGGAAGCUUUAAAGUGUCCCCUGUAUACUCACUCACCAAGGGUCAAGAGUAUUGUCGGGCUAUCCCCAAUCUCCCUGAUGCCCAGCUCAAUCGUGUCGAAUGCUCUUGUUUCCUAGGUUCGGACGAGGACCUUGCUAAAAUGGAUGAUUUAGCAGAUAACUACAACAUCAAGCUCAAGGCCAUCUAUGAUAAAUACAAGGCACAAAACAGUGACACCUUUGCUGUAACCUACCAGCCUGCAGACAUUAAUGUUGCCGGUUUCCCAAUCGAGGCUCUAAGCAACGUAGAUUGCUUUCACCCAAGUGAAAUCACACACAAGUGGGUUGCCAAGAUUGUUUGGAACAGCCUUUUUACGCCAGCUGGAGAUCGAGGCGGAGUGUACAACUUUGAUGCCAAUACUCCCAUUUAUUGUCCUGGUGAAAACGAUCGUAUUCAAAUUUGA